AUGUCACUCACUAAAACUGACCUGCUGGAGACGCUCCACGGGACAGACCGGAUCGAAAAAGUCGAAAAUCCUGCACCCUGCCCCGAGGAGGAGGAAGGGGAAACCACAAAGACCGACCUGCCCAGGGAAACAACAGUGGAAACGGUGGAAAACGGCUCUUCUGCUGAAAAGAAGGACGCGUUGGUGGUGGUGCUUAACCCCGAGGAGGCCAUUUCCGAAAGCUCAGCUUCAGAGGACCCCGACAAGGAGGCCGAGGACGAGCUCAAGGAAAUCGCCAAAAAGCUCUAUAACGAGGAGUUCGUGCUGAUUAAACCGGAAGAGUACACCCAGUUCUUGGCCGCCGACGACAAGGACUCCGCCUCCAUCAGGGAGCUCUACAUGGACUUGUUCACGUGGAGCCCCAGCUUGGUGAGAUCCACAAGAACCUUAUGCUCCAAGUUGUACCUCAAGGGCGAGUCCCAGGAGAUCGACCGUAUUCUCCUGGCCUUCACGAGGCUGUACAUCCGCCAGAACCCGGUCAACGUGUUUUGCACCCAGGACUUUGAGAAAAUCUACAUCAUCUUGUACAGCUUGAUCUUGCUCAACACCGCCUUGCACAACACCGAGAUCAGCAAGAAGAACGCCAUCUCCCAGUCCGACUACGUCAGAAACACCUUCUCCACUUUCCUUCAGCUGAACAAGAAGGCCUCUGGCAAGCUCUCCGUGAGACAGAAGAUCCUGAUCGAGAGAGAGCUCCACCUGUACUAUGACGAAUUGGCUAGAGCCGAGCUCUACUUGAAGAAGAACAAUGACUUGGCGCCCCAGUCGUCGCCUAGACGCCCUGUCAACCAAAACCGUUUUUCUGUGGCCGACACUAUCCGCCUGACCUUCUCUGCAAACUCGGGUGAGCUGCCCCAGAUCAACGGAGACGAUUCUGCGGUUCAGAACGACCUCAGCAGACAGUACUCCAACGUGUCUAACUACUCCACCGACCCAGAACGCAGACAAUCCUUGGCACUUCUGAAAGUGCGUUCUGGUGGUUCGACCGUUUCUCACGUUACAGCUACUUCCACCAACGCCGGAUUUGGUCAAAACAGCGCCCGCGUGGGUUUUACGCGUGUGUUGCACUCCAACAAUACCCCCCGUUCUCAUCUCAAGAAAAGGACUUCCUUAGACCACUUGCGCCACUAUGGCCACGCAAGUUUGGGCCACAAGAGCUCCAGAACGUCGAUAAUCAGCAGGCAGUCCAACAACGAUGACCAGUUCUCGCUCCUGACCGCCGAUCUCCCCACAUUGGAAGCCUCUCACAAUGAAAAGCAGGAGUUGGAGGACUUUGAUGUGGCCAACUUCCAGGACUCUUACGACUUGAAGUUGGAGUUGCAAGGUGCACCAUACUUGAAGGAGGGUAUUUUGCGGCUCAAAAUCAUCAACAAUGACCAGCUGGAUUCCACUGGAAACGGGGAUGUCCAACAAGCCUCAAGCGGGUUCCUUCUGAGUGCUUCCUCCAUCGCUUCUCGCAAGCUGAGCUUCUUUUCAUUCUUUAAAAGCACACCAAAGGAACCUGCUGCUGUGUCUACAACAGUGGGUACCAGUCACAACCACCAUGCCUUCACCACCAAGUUCAGCGAGUACUUUGUCGUGGUGUCCAAAGGUGAGCUCAGGCUUUAUUCUUUCGAUCCCAAGCAGAUCAAGAAGCAGCAGCAGAAGUUGAAGAAGUUGCGUAAACACAGCAUUGCGUUUGGUGUUGACGUUGAAGACGAUGAGGAAGAUAUUGGUGACGGAAACUGGCUCAAGAACGCUGCUAACAUGGGUAAUUACAACUUGUGCGCCACCAUUGCCCAGCUUGAACGUCUGUCGCUUUCACAAUCUUCAGAGAAGAUCCAGUGGUCCUUGUCGUUCCCCAAGACGAGCAAGAAGGCCGCCAAGAAGUUCAUCUUUGAGGCUGGUACGGUGGAGGUUGCCACUGAGUACGUCAACACAUGUAAUUUCUGGGCUUCAAAGAUUACGGCUGUUCCACCUUUGGAGGAGAGUGUCUCAUCGAUCGAGUACGGCUGGACCAACAUCGACGGGCUCGUGGCCUUGGGCGAUGGUUUCAAGAAAACCAAGAACGUACAGAAAUGGGAACAACUUCCGAAGGGUGUGUACAUCAGCAACUUGUCCACUGCUGAUGACGGCGAUGAUGCUCUGCAUGACGGCUUCCUGAAGCAGUUCUUGCUGACGCUCAAGUACUACAAUAGCUUGAAGGGCUAUUACAACAGCUUCAGCCAGACGAGAACGACCUUCUUGAAGCAGUUCAGAAAGUUUCAAGGCACAUCCAACUACAGAAUGAUCUCGCUGAACUUCGAGAACCGUGCCAACGAAUACAAAACCGAACUCAUCAAGUACAAGAGCUACAUGAUCACUCUUGGACACGGACUCAAGCUCAGGUUUGAUGCUGUCGAAGACGAUGUCUACGAGAAGCUCAAACAGGACAUUAUGGACGAUGAAAAGCUCAAGAUUAACAAGGAGAAUGACGUUGAAGUGGGCGCAGAGGUUGCAAAGCGCCUUCAUGAGCACCAGAAGGCUGAGCUGGAGGUGGUCAAGGUGGCCAAAAAGGAGCUUGAAAAGCUCAGUAUGCUCACACCCGAGCUUUAUAUGAUGUUCAGGCGCAAGGACGCUUUGCCUGAGUCUCGAGACGAGAAAGAUGCCGAGUACGACGUCUCCACCGGUUUGGAGGAUACCUCUGGCACAUUGGUGAAGCUGCCCAAGAACUUCAGUCUUGCCGACAUCAAGGAUCUGGAGAGCAGUCCUAUUAAUCAGUUGCUCUCGGCGGAUGUGAACAGUGGAGCACCAAACGAGGGAGAGUUGAACCAGGCCAAGCGGGAGCUUAUUAUGAGCUUCAGCACCAACACCAUCAAGGAGGAGGACGAGGACGAGACGGUUAUUUAG